AUGAGUGGGACCUGCCUCCAUGAGCCCCGCGCCCCCUCCCCCUCUCUCUCAGGCUUCAGCACCCCCAUCUCAGAGCCCCCCUUCCGCAGGUUGGAUGCAGACACCCCCGCCUGCACCCCAGAAACCGACCUGACCCCCACCCAGUGUGUCCUCCGCAACGUGUUGUCCAUCGACACCGGUGGGGCACCAGGGGUGCCAGGUGGGGUUGAGGGGUGCCCCCACACCUGUGGCAACAGCCCCACCCCUAGUGACGGGCCCCCGGCCCACUUUGACAACAGUGUGCUGAAGUUACACGAGCAUGAGGCCUGCCAGUGUGGGGGCGGGGCAGAGGCGGGGCUUAGCUCGGAGGCUGGGGCCGUCCGUAGCCAAUCAGACAGCAUCCGGAUGCAGCAAGGAGGUGGAGGGUUCCUGGAGGGGCUGUUUGGCUGCCUGAAACCCGUCUGGACCAUGAUCGGGAAAGCAUACUCCCCCGAACACAAGCAUAACCAGGAAGAAUCCUGGGAGGUUCCAUUUGAAGAGAUCUCAGACCUGCAAUGGGUUGGCAGCGGGGCCCAGGGGGCGGUCUUCUUGGGGAAGUUCCACGGCGAGGAGGUGGCUGUCAAAAAAGUCCGGGACAUCAAGGAGACGGAGAUCAAGCACCUACGCAAACUCAAGCACCCCAACAUCAUCACCUUCAAGGGUAUCUGCACCCAGGCUCCCUGCUACUGUAUCCUGAUGGAGUACUGUGCCCAGGGCCAGCUGUACGAGGUGCUGAGAGCAGGCAGGAAGAUCACCCCCUCCCUGCUCAUUGACUGGGCCAUGGGCAUCGCCGGGGGCAUGAACUACCUGCACCUCCACAAGAUCAUCCACAGAGACCUCAAGUCCCCCAAUAUGCUGAUUACCCAUGAUGACCUAGUGAAGAUCUCUGACUUCGGCACCUCCAAGGAGCUCAUUGAUAAGAGCAUGAAGAUGUCCUUCGCUGGUACGGUGGCCUGGAUGGCCCCAGAGGUCAUUCGGAAUGAACCCGUAUCAGAGAAGGUGGACAUCUGGUCGUUUGGGGUGGUGCUGUGGGAGAUGCUGACCGGGGAGGUCCCCUAUAAGGAUGUGGACUCCUCUGCCAUCAUCUGGGGGGUGGGCAACAACAGCCUGAACCUCCCUAUCCCCGAGAGCUGCCCAGACGGCUUCAAAAUCCUCCUGAGGCAGUGCUGGAACUGUAAACCCAGAAAUAGACCCUCUUUCCGUCAGAUCCUCCUCCAUCUGGAUAUAGCCUCAGCUGAUGUACUCUGCACCCCACAGGAGACAUACUUCAAGUCUCAGGCUGAGUGGCGGGAGGAGGUGAAGCAGCACUUUGAGAAGAUUAAGUCUGAGGGGACCUGUCUGCACCGACUGGACGAGGAACUGAUCAACCGACGCAGAGAGGAGCUCAGGCACGCUCUGGACAUCCGGGAGCACUAUGAGAGGAAGCUGGAGAGGACCAACAACCUCUACGUGGAGCUCAACGCUGUCAUGCUGCAGCUGGAGCUCAAAGAGAAAGAGCUGCAGAAGAGAGAGCAGUCUUUAGAUAAGAAGUACCCAGGACUGUUCAAGCACCACAGCUCCAGACAGACUAGCUCCUCCAACUCCAUGGACAAACUCAUCAAGAAGAGAAACGUCCCACAGAAACUGCCCUCUGGAAAGAGGCCAGACAUCCUCAAGUCAGAGGUGAUCAUUCCCAAGAUGGAUUCCUCCGUGAUGCAGGUCACUAUCCCCUCCUGCUCCAACAGGGGCUCCACGUCUCCCAGCCGCUCGCGUAGGGUCAAGACCCGCCACCGCAAGCCUGGCAAGGGCAGCAGCGGGGACCUUGCCGGCCUGAAGAGGCCAACAGCUCCAGCACGGGCCCCUCCAAGCAGCUCCAGGACCCCAGCCCUGAGCGCCUCCGCGGGCUUGGGGGGGUCCGAGGGGGGCGCGGGGGGUCUGGAUGACCUCACAGAGACCACCCCACGCAGCGACACGCCCAGCGAGGACGCGGCCUCGUUCCCCUUCUCUAGCAGCCCAGACUCGCCAUGUGGAAGGGGGGCGGCCGCCGGGAGGGGGUCUGUGCUGGGCGCCCCACGCCUUCCCCACGAUGGGGACGAUAAGGAAGAGGGAGUAAGUGGUGUGCGGUUACCCCGGGGGGCAUCAGGGCAUCUCACCCCCUCAGCUAUCCUGUACAGGGCGGCCAUCGCACGCAAACAGAGGCGUGGCGUGUCUUCAGAGGAGGAGGAGGGGGAGGUUGACAGCGAGGUGGAGUUGCCACGGAGACGACGUCCGACCAGCAUCACCAAGUGCCAGUUGGUGUCUACCUUCAGCUCGGAGAACCUCUCUGUGUCGGAUGGCGAAGAGGGCCACACCACCGACCACUCCCACAGCGGCACGCCGGACGUCGUCAGCACCAACACGGACGACCGUCUGGGCGACCGCAGCGAUGACCUCCUGUCGCAGGGGUCAGAGAUCCCAGCAGACAACACUGACCCGGUGCAGGCCUCUGGCGGGCUGUCUGAGAGGGAGGGAGCCCUGGGCCAGGUCAAAGCCCUGCUGGACGCUUUACAGAAUCCUAAUGAAAGUCGGGCCCUGUGCGACGACUCGGACUGCGACAGCGCUGAGCUCGACCAGUCAGGAAGUGGGGAGCUCAGUCGUCCACCCAGCGCUGGGGCCUGGCCACCUCCAUCAGGGUACCCCUCUGGGCCCCAACAAGGGUCUCCUCAGGGGCCCCAGACAGGGCCUCCAUAG